GGUCUCUAUAGAUUGGCCCCCCAACCCAACCCAAAAAUCUAAUAAAAGAGCCUCUUUCUUUGUUCAUACCUUUUUCAUUAAGGACUUGACCCUGCACACCUUUUUCUGUUUCAGUCGUCCUCUACUUCUCCUCUCUUUCCCUCGCCCGCAACUUGACGCUCAACCACACAAGAACCCUUCGCCCACAUCAGCUCUGACCGUGCAUGUCGGUCCUCCAUGGGAGAAAUGUCGUCUUGCAUCUUGCAAGACAGGCAUGCAUGCAUUCAAACCAACCACUCCAGAACAUCCACCAACUUCAGCUCGGCUUUUUGGCUAGGGCACGGACAUUGGGCUACAAUCAGUUGCACACAUCCCCUAUCUCCCAUAAAGUGCUACCUUCAACUGCCUCAACACAGCCAAUUCGAUCAACUGCGCUCAGCGAAUUCAGAGCAGGAGGAACGACUUUUUUCAAUCGGACCGGGACGCGGACUCAAAUCCGAUCCAAGAGUGCGACAGCGAACGACAUUCCUCGGGCACAAGGCCUAUUUAACACUCCAGGAUCACUCAGACAGCGAAUCAGACAAGGAUUCUGGGUCGGACUCGGUGUUGGCACUGUGAUCUCGGCUGUGGGCAUUGCCUGGAGCCCUUCUUACCACGAACAGGCGACCCUUUACAGCGCAGCGCUCUUUCGAUCGCUGGCGACCUUUGUCACAGGAUGCUUAUGUAUGGCGGAUUACAAGAUUCUGCAUUUGCGAUAUGCCUCAGUCGGCUACACUUCUGAUACCUACAAGGCAGAACGCAAGGUCGUACAUCAGCGCUGUGCUGACAGGUUGCUGCGUUUGUGUCGUCUCAACACCGGAAUCUACUGCAAGGCUGGACAGCAUGUUGCCUCUUUGACCUAUAUUGUCCCGCCGGAAUAUACUAAUACGUUGUCAGUAUUGCAGGAUCGGGCACCAUUCAAAGGCAUGAAGGAAGUUGAGCAGGUCUUUUUAGAGGAAUUUGGCCAACGUCCGCUUGAUUUGUUUCGGGAGUUUGAUCCAGUACCUCUGGCAGCUGCCAGUUUAGCCCAGGUCCACCGAGCGGUAACAAUGGACGGGAGGUUGGCGGCGGUCAAAGUGCAGUACAUCAACGUGUCUCGCCUUUUCACAACCGAUAUGUGGACUAUGCAGACGCUUUCAAAUAUGGUGGGGUUUUUGUUCCCCGAGUUUGAACUUGGCUGGAUCGUCGAAGAGUUCCGAGAUAAUCUCACGUCUGAAUUUGACUUUACGAACGAGGCGAGGAACGGCGAAGCAACAAAGGAGCGGUUCAAAAAGCGAUCUGAUUUUUACGUGCCUGAAAUCUUCUGGGACCUUUCAUCCAAAAAGAUCUUGACCAUGGAGUUCAUAAAGGGCAUCAAGGUCAAUGAUGUCGAAGGACUUCAGAAAAUGGAUAUUUCUCCAAAAUGGGUUCGGACGACCUUGCUCGAAGUAUUUGCGGAGAUGAUUUUUCAGCAUGGUGUCCUGCACUGCGAUCCUCAUGCUGGUAAUAUCUUGAUCUCAAAGGACGAGAACACAGGAAAAUGUCGCUUUGUUCUACUGGAUCAUGGGCUCUAUCGCACUAUGGACGACAAUUUUCGGUACAAUUAUUGUCUGCUUUGGCGGGCCUUGAUCCUCAAUGAUCACAAGUUACUUCAUAGCGCUUCGACGACCAUUGGCAUCCCCGAGCAAUACAUUGGCUUCAUCCCCCUCAUCUUUAUCCAGCGACCUGCGAACUCGGGACAGAAGAUUGGUGAGGGCAUGACGGCGGAACAAAAGAAGGAACUCAGGUCGUCGAUGAAGAAUGUGACCAUGGCGGAGGUAUUUGAGUUCCUCGAGGUCUUGCCCCGUGACAUGCUGUUGAUCUUCAGGACCAUCAAUCUCACGCGCGGUAUCCAUCAGCAAUUGGGCGGAGAAAACGUUGAGCGGUUCCACAUCAAUGCCAUGUAUGCGACUAAGGGCGUCUGGUCCGAGACUCGGGAGGAGGAGCAACAGCGACGGUCGAAGCGCGAACAGCGGAGAUUAAGCCGACUGAAUGGCCGAUGGGGCUGGCUGGCAUCGUGGUGGUAUGGAAUUGAGGACGAGAAGGACGAUAACAGCUCAGAGGCGACUCGGGCGCAUGGCAGGCAGCUCGGACUGGGACCGAAGAAUCGUUGGUACCUGUUUGGAGACACACCGACGCUGUAUCGUAGUCUCGGAUAUCUGUGGGACAGCUUUGGGAUGCGGUGGAGACUUUGGGCAGUCGAGGGGCUCCUGCGGUUGUGGCUCUGGUGGGUCGGCACGGAUGUUGCCAAGGCUAUCAACUAGACGCAUAUUGGAUAUAGAGAAAUGCCCUAUAGACGAGUUUAUUACACCCAUAAAUUAUUCGUUUUGCUAUG